CUCCCAUUGUCUCGGCAGAUGCCGCCUGGUCCAGCUACCGUGCUGGGUGUUCAGUUUUCCGAGGUCGCGCUCUUUCUCUGGCCGGCGGGUCCGUCCUGCAUCAGAGAACUGGCUUCCCGAGUUCGGGCGUCUCUUCUUUCCUCCGUAGGACCCACUUUGCUGCCCCAGGGUCGCAGCAGCUAUGUCCAGGCUGCGAACUCUUCUGCUUCUGCUGCUGCCUCUGUGUCUCGGUCCUAGUUUUGGACCUGGGAGCGAGGCAAAGGUCACCCGGAGUUGCACUGAGACCCGGCAGAUUCUGGGUUCCCGGGGAUAUAGCUUAAGCCUACUCCCUCCCGCCCCGAUCUCAGGUGAGCACCUCCGGAUCUGUCCCCAAGAAUACACCUGCUGUUCCAGUGAGGUAGAGGAGAGGCUGACCUGGGACACCGAGGCUACCUUCCGAGGCCUGGUGGAGAAGAGUGGCUCCUUCCUGGUUCACACACUGUCUGCCCUGCACAGAAAAUUUAAUGGGGCUUUUCUGGAGAUGAUCUCAUCAGCUGAACACUCCCUGGCCUUGCUCUUCCACCGGUCCUAUGGACAGCUGUAUUCCCAGCACACCCCCUUAUUCACUGGCCUGUUCACUCGGCUGCGAGACUACUAUGAGAAGUCUGGUGAGGGAUUAGAUGACGCCUUGGUGGAUUUCUGGGCACAGCUCCUGGAGAAAAUGUUCCCCCUGCUGCACCCAGAGUACAACUUCUCCCCUGACUACCUGUUCUGUAUCACACGCCUUGCCGCCUCUGCUGAUGACUCUCUGAAACCUUUCGGGGACUCACCCCACCGUCUCCGCCUGCAGGUAACCCGGGCCAUGGUGGCUGCCCUGGCCUUUGUCCAAGGUCUGGAGACUGGAAAAGAUGUGGUCAACGAAGUGCUUAAGAUGCCCAUAUCCGAAGGCUGCAGGCGGGCUGUGAUGCGUCUGACCGGCUGCCCUCUUUGUCAGGGUGUCCCCUCGCUGCCACGCUGCCGGGGCUUCUGCCUCAACGUGGCCUAUGGCUGUCUCAGCAGUCAGACACUGGACCCUGACUGGGGGACCUAUCUAGAUGGUCUCUUGUUUCUGGCUGAGAAGAUUCAGGGCUCCUUUUCCUUUGAGCUGGCAGCCCAGUCCAUUGGGGUGAAAAUAGCAGAAGGUCUGAUGUAUCUGCAGGAAAACAGUGUAACGGUGUCCACCCAGGUGUUUCAGGAAUGCGGGGGCGCCCCAAAGUCCCAUGCCCACUCCCGCAGAGCCCCAGCCCCCGCUGAAGAGGUGGGUCGGCCGUGGACCGCGAGGGCGGAGAAGAAGCCCGCAAUGGCGGCGGGCAACAGGCUGCCCAAGCUGGUGUGGGAGCUCCGCGAGCAUCUGGGCCGGGUACGGGGCUUCUGGGCUGGGCUGCCCCUCACGAUGUGCAGGGAUCCCACCGUGGCAGCGGAAAUCGCGCAGGAGGCAGCACCCUGCUGGACCGGAACCGGGCGGGGCAAGUACUUGUUGCCCGUGGUCGGGGGCUCCUUGACUGAGCGGCUCGACAACCCAGAGCUGGAUGCGGAAGCCUCAAACCCCGAUCUCCGGACGCGGAUGCAGCGGCUGAGGCUUCGGGCGGCCACGAUCAGGAUGAGGGCGGCCGCCCUAGGACAAGACCUGGAACUGGAAGACUGGGAUGAGGGCACCAGUGGCUCUGGACAGGGACAGCACUAUGCAGAUGACUGGAUGGCUGGGACAGCAGCUGUAGCUCCCCCCGCCCGGCUUCCUCGCCCUCCUCGAAGAGAUGGUGCUGGGAGCAGAGGAAGAGGUGUCAUCAUCCGCAACAACCAGGGCGGGAGUAGGACUGGGGGGACGUCUGUUGGUUUUCACACCCAACCCAUCCUCAUUCUCUUCCUCUCAGUCCUGGCCCUGCUUGGACCUCGAUAACAGGGAAGGGGUGCCCUGGCAUCAGAAGGGUUCAUGGCUCUUCCCCUCCUCCCCACUCAGCUGGAUCUGGGGAGGAGUUGAAGGGGGCUGCCAUGAAGGUAGAGAAGGGACUUUUUGGGUAAAUGGCUGGGGCCCCAAGUCCAGGAGAUUCCUAUUGGGAGUGGGUAGGUGUUCACAAUAUUUAUUUUUUCAUUUGGUAUCUGGGGUGGGGUGGGGUGGGGGGAGCUGUGGGUAUUUAUUUAGGAAGGAGGUAUGGUCUCUCCAACCAAGCCCAUAAGUUUGGGGUCAGCCCCAUUGAGGAGAAAGGGAGGAGUUUUAGAGUGUUAGUUGGAGGGUGGGAUUUGAAGGAGGUUGGAAGUUCGGAGGGGCGGGUUCACCUGGUUUCAAAAUGUACAAAGCUGGGUAUUGACUGGGUGUGGGGCAGAGGGGACUAGGGUGUAUGAAUAGGAUGUCAGGAUCUAUGGGCCUGGGUUCUUCUAAGUUUUUUCAGUCAAUUUCCUAAACUAAAAUAUAAAAAGAAAAAAAGACUCAUUACCUCUGCCACCCACAUCCUUCACAAGCUUUGCAUUUUACAAAUAAACAACUAAUUUAUUGGA